UGUGUUUCAGGUACCAGUGGAGUGGAUGAUGCUCAUGUGUUCAUCAGUUCUGGUGAAAAUGUCCGUCUGCCUUGUAAUAAUGCUCUUCAUGACUGCAAAUCAACUACAUGGAGCUAUUUCAGUCAUUCAGGAACAGUUGAACUGAUUGGUUUAGGGAUAAAGAAUAAAGACAUCGAGAGACAUGAGAGACUGAGUCUGGGGUCUGACUGCUCUCUGAACAUCAAGAACAUCAUAAAAGAAGAUUGUGGAUUUUACAUCUGCCGACAAUAUGUGAAUGGACAACACUACCAAGCAGCUGAUGCAUAUGUUUAUCUGCAUGUUCUUCAUGUCUCUUCAUCAUCCUCACAGACUGAGAUCAGUGCAGGCAGCUCUGUGACUCUCUCCUGUCAGUUGUAUUUAUAUUCAUAUACUGGAGUCUCUUGUGAUGAUCGGAUCCGUUCUGAGGGAAUUCAGCUCUUCUGGGUGAAUCAGGCUGGUGUUAAACUGACAAUAUCAGACUCCAAAUAUCAGAUAUCAGCUCCAGGACACUGUAUCAUCACUCUGACUACAACACUCCUGAAUGAAGAUGACAACAGAGAGUGGAGAUGUGAAGUUACUCACAGAAAUCAAGUCAAGACCUCAGUCACAUAUACUGUCAAGAUUUCAGCUCAAGAUAAAACAACGACAGCAGUGAUUCCAGUCCACAUCACAAAAUCAGCUAAAACGACAGCAGUAACUUCUACACGAGGAGAUCGGAGGGAGCACUGGAGCGGUGGAGAACGGGAGCGGUGGUGCGUUGGAGCAUCUAAAGGUAAGCAAACACAGGUAACAGGCAAG